GCCUGGGUCUCUGCCUCCGGGCCCCUGCUCUGGGCCGGGCUGAGCGCGCGGGGAGCCGGACCAUGGAGGUGGAGGAAGCGUUCCAGGUAGUGGGGGAGAUGGGCAUCUACCAGAUGUACCUGUGCUUCCUGCUGGCCGUGCUGCUGCAGCUUUAUGUUGCCACGGAGGCAAUCCUCAUUGCACUGAUCGGGGCAACGCCUUCCUACCACUGGGACCUGGCAGAGCUUUUGCCUAAUCAAAGCCAUAGCAACCAGUCAAGGACCGAAGACCAAGCCUUUGGGGAAUGGUUCCUGACAGCCAAUGGAAGUGAGAUGCACAAGCACGUCCAUUUCAGCGGCAGUUUCACCUCCAUCGCCUCUGAGUGGUUCUUAAUUGCGAACAAGUCAUACAAAGUGAGUGUAGCCAGCUCAUUUUUCUUCAGUGGCGUGUUUGUGGGAGUGAUAUCAUUUGGCCAACUUUCAGAUCGUUUGGGGAGGAAAAAAGUCUAUCUAACAGGUUUUGCCCUUGACAUCCUGUUUGCCAUUGCAAAUGGAUUUUCCCCCUCAUAUGAGUUCUUUGCCAUAUCUCGAUUCCUAGUGGGAGUGAUGAAUGGAGGGAUGUCGCUGGUGUCUUUUGUUUUGUUGAAUGAAUGUCUGGGCACUGCCUACUGGGCACUAGCAGGAUCCAUUGGCGGGCUGUUUUUUGCAGUGGGAAUUGCCCAGUAUGCCCUACUAGGAUACUUCAUUCGCUCCUGGAGGACACUUGCAGUUGUGGUUAACCUGCAGGGAACAGUGGUCUUUCUCUUGUCAUUAUUCAUUCCUGAGUCCCCCCGAUGGUUAUACUCCCAGGGCCGACUACAGGAAGCAGAAGAUGCCCUCUACCUCAUUGCCAAGAGAAACCGGAAGCUCAAGUGCACUUUUUCACUGAUGCCCCCAGCAGAGGGGAUCUCCAAAGAGACUGGCAGUUUCCUGGACCUCUUCCGCUACAGGAUCCUCUUGGGGCACACUCUCAUCAUGAUGUUCAUCUGGUUUGUGUGCAGCUUGGUUUAUUAUGGCCUAACGCUUAGUGCGGGAGAUCUGGGUGGAAAUAUUUAUGCCAACCUGGCCCUGUCUGGGCUGGUAGAGAUUCCCUCAUAUCCUGUCUGCAUCUAUUUGAUUAACCACAAAUGGUUUGGUCGCAAGCGGACCUUAGCAGUUUUUCUGUGCCUUGGAGGACUGGCCUGUCUUAUUGUCAUGUUUCUUCCUGAAAAAAAAGACACAGGAGUGUUUGCAGUGGUGAAUAGCCAUUCCUUGUCUUUAUUAGGGAAACUGACCAUCAGUGCUGCUUUUAACAUUGUUUACAUCUAUACAUCGGAACUCUAUCCAACAGUCAUCAGGAAUGUUGGACUAGGUAUGUGUUCGAUGUUUUCCAGAGUUGGUGGGAUUAUCGCUCCCUUCAUUCCCUCACUGAGAUAUGUGCAGUGGUCUUUACCUUUCAUUGUAUUUGGUGUGGCUGGCCUGUCUUCUGGGCUUCUCAGUUUAUUGUUGCCAGAAACCCUAAACAGACCUUUGCUGGAAACACUGUCUGAUCUCCAGAUGUAUUCAUAUCGGAGGCUGGGGGAUGAAGCAUUAUCUUUGCAAGUACUGGAUCAUGAACAGUCUGAAGACAAGGAGAGUCCAUUUGAAAGUGAAAGUAAUGAAGAUGAGUUCUAUGAUGCUGAUGAAGAGACGCAGAUGAUCAAAUAAGACCUGAGGUUCUCUGCAUAGUCAUCCAAUCCUCUUUCAGGCCUCUGGCUUCAUCCAGAUUCUUCCAUGAACCUGGAAGGCAGCAGUCAGUGGCAAUGAGAUGAAGGUAAACACUGCUCCUCUUGACUCUGAAAUCUUCUCUGGGGCAGAAAGACAAUACAAGUGACAUUCCCGCAGCAAAGAAGAUUCUGGCAUUCUCAUUGGAGGAACAUCCCAAACUUUUCUCGCACUUGAGAUUAGCUCAGAACUGUGACCACUACCCUACCUCCCUCUCCCACCCCCAGUCAAAGAGACUCAAUGUAUACUCCCAAAUGACAGAAGACAUUUCUGGAAGUUGAGUCUAGGGGUGCCUUGAAGUAGAUUUUGUUUGGAGCCUGAAUAUGACCUAAUGGCAGAAGUAUGAAUUUGUCUAAACAUUUUGGUGGGCUAAUGGGUAUACCCUUAUUGUAAUUUAAAAAUGAACAGUAUUUAAUGUUUAUUCUUGCUACCAUUCCUUCCUUGUGAGGCAGAUAAGUAUUUCCAUUUCCAGUGGGUAUCAGAGACAAAGUGCCAGGAGAGUAAAUGAUUUGCCUGAAGGCUCUUAAUUUUUUAGCAAAAAAAGCUCAAAUUUUGAGCUUCCAGCUGAGGUCCAAACCUUAACUUGGGGUCCAUGGACCCCCAAGGUGUCCUUGGAUAGAUUCUAGGGGAUCUAUGAAUCUGGAUGGAAAACAAAUUGCAUCUUUAUUUUCACUAACCUCUAAAUGGAAUUUAACAUUUCCUUCCAUUAUGAAUGUAGACAAGAAAACAUGACUCUGAGAAGGGGUCCAUAGGCUUCACCAGAUAGCCAAAGGGGUCCAUGACCCAAAACAAAGGUUAAGUAUAGAUUUACCUUAGUUACAUGUGCCUUUAAUCCGAGAGAUGUGAGUUUAAUAAAAAUUAACCUACCAGAAGAAGCUUUCUGAAGGUUUAGAGGUUUGGUUCCAUUGAUGAUGGAAUUGUGUACCUUUUUUCACAUUUUUGCUGUAUUACCUUAGAUAAGUCAUUUGACAUUUCUGGGACUGAGUUUUUUGAUUUGUCAAAUGAGGAGGUUGAACCUGUAGAGCAGUGGUGUCAAACUCAAAUUGGAAGGAGGACCACUAAAUCAUUUAAAAGGGUCUGUGGGGGGGGGUCACAUAAUGACUUAGAAAACCACAUAUUAACAUUACUUAUGUAAUGCAGCUAGGUGGCCCACUGGAUGACGCACUGGGUCUCUAAUCAGGAAGACUCAUCUUCCUGAGUGUAAAUUAGACCUCAGACACUUACUAGCUGUGUGACCC